UCCCGUUAUCCCAUUCCCGUUAUCCCACUGCUAUCCCUGCCCCAUGGAGUCCCAAUGUGACUACUCCAUGUACUUCCCGGCUGUCCCGUUCUCUGCCCGGGAGCUGCUGUCGGCCGAGCCCGGCCGCUACCGGAGCCUGCCCCGCCGGAACCAUCUGUUCCUGGGGGAGACCGUCCGCUUCCUGCUGGUGCUGCGCUGCCGCCCGGGGCCCGGAUCCCCCCCCUGGCCUGCAGUGGUCUCGUCCUUGACGGCCCUGGCCAGCGUCAGCCCCGGCCCGGGGGCGGGGCCAGCCGAGGGGGAGGGGGAGGAGAGCGCCCCCUGCGGGCGGGAGGACCCUGCGGCCUACAGGGAGUGCGGAGUGAUGCUGAGCGAGGGAGGAGGGGCCAGGAGGAGGGUGCCGGUGGAGGAGCCCAUUGUGUGCCCGGAUGAGGUCAUCUUCCCCCUCACCAUAGCCCUGGACAGGCUGCCCCCUGGCACCAGCAAGGCCAAGGUGGUGGUCACUGUCUGGCGCAGGGACUCGGAGCCCCCAGAGCUGCAGGAAGGUUCUGGGUACCUGGAGCUGCUCCAGAGCCGGGACCCAGCUCAGGUCUUCCGGCAGGAGCAGGCGGCGUUCAAGGCACAGGUAAGCACGCUGCUGACUGUGCUGCCCCCCCCCGUGGUCCGAUGCCGUCAGCUCACAGUGUCCGGGAAGUACCUGACCCUGCUUAAAGUGCUCAAUGGCAGCUCCCAGGACCCCCUGUCCCUGUGCUCGGUUCGGGUCCUGCCCAACCUCAAUGCCAGUUACCUGCCAGUGCUGCCGGACGGCUCCGUGCUGCUGGUGGAUGACGUCUGCCACCACUCAGGGGAGGUCCCCGUGGGCUCCUUCUGCCCCAUAGCAGGGGGGUCAGGACCCUGCUCCCUGCAGGCCCUGGAGGAGCAGAACUUCAUGUUCCAGCUGCAGGCGGCACCGAGGGGGGGGGAGGGCAGAGAGGGCCUGGAGGUUCCCCUCAUUGCCAUCAUCCAAUGGUCCACCCCCAAGCUGCCCUUCACCACCAGCAUCUCCACACACUACCGGCUCCCCAGCAUCCGGCUGGAGCGGCCGCGGUUCGUGAUGAUGGGGACGUGUGUGUCCCCUGUGGUUGUGGGGCAGAGGUUCCGUGUGACCUACACCCUGGUCAAUGAGCUGCAGGACUUCCUGAGUGUGAGGCUGGUCUGGACCCCUGAGAGCGGUGAGGGACCUAUGGGGGCUAUGGGGUGCCAGCAGGGGGCGCUGGACUCCAUCGUGUGUCACUCUCCGCACACCAACCUGGGCUGCUCCCGCAAGGGCAGUUCCAGCACCGUCAGUGUGGGGUUCAUGGCGCUGCGGGAGGGGCUCUUCGAGCUGUCGCAGCACAUGAAGCUGAAGCUGCAGUUCGCGGCUCCGGGUGUAGUUCCGGGUGUUGUUCCGGGUGUAGUUCCGGGUGUUGUUCCCGCUGUUCCCAAGUCCGUGUCCCGCAGGAGCAGCCCCAGUUCCCCUGCACUGAGGGACCUCCUGGAGCGGCACCAGGGGGGGCUGGGCAGGUCCCAGUCCUUCUCCCAUCAACAGCCCCCCCGAGGCCACCUCAGCAGGUCGGGCAGCGGGCUAGAGCGCCGCGCCAUCACCCCCCCCGUGGGGUCUCCCGUUGGUCGCCCCCUGGCGCUGGGCCCCGAGCGGCCGGUGCUGGCGCUGGACAAGAUCGCCAAGAGGGAGUGCAAGGUCCUGGUGGUGCCGCCGGUGCAGUGAC